AUGAUUCUCACUUCUCUUGCGACAAUUGCGCUUGCGCUGUCUGCGCAACUUGCAGCAGCAGCAGCAUCUCCGCCAACGGAAAUACACGAGGCCGGUCGCUGUGCCAUUCGUGGGCACUGCGGCAAGCAAGGAUGGUUCGGUGCUGAUCUUCCUUGCCCCGACAACGGCAAAGCUACCUCCCCUUCAGACGAACUGCGCGACUCGCUGGUCGACUUGUGCGGAUCGAAAUGGAAUGACACAGAUGUUUGUUGCAAUGCCGAACAGGUCGAUGCAUUGAGGUCCAAUUUGAAAAGAGCAGAGGGCAUUAUCGCAUCCUGCCCAGCUUGCAAAGACAACUUCUUCAAUCUCUUUUGCACAUUCACGUGCUCCCCAGAUCAGUCUCUCUUCGUCAAUGUUACCCAGACUGAUGAAACCUCGGCCGGCAAGCAGAUUGUCACCGAGCUGGACAAUACGUGGUCAGAGGAGUAUCAGAGCGGAUUCUACGACAGCUGCAAAGAGGUCAAGAACGGCGCUAGUGGUGGCAAAGCCAUGAGUUUCAUUGGCGGCGGCGCGAAGAACUACACACAGUUUCUAAAGUUUUUGGGCGACAAGAAGUUACUGGGCAGCCCGUUCCAGAUCAACUUCCUGGAAGAACCGAAACAUGGGGACAAGGAUAUGCGACCUCUCGAUAUCCACCCACAUGCCUGCAACGACAGCGAUCCAAAUUUCAGAUGCAGUUGCGUGGACUGCCCGGCUGUUUGUCCGACUCUGUCUGAGGUGAAAGACGUCGAAUACUGCCAUGUUGGUAAGGUGCCGUGCCUGUCAUUCGCCGUCAUGAUCAUCUACGCGGCAUGUUUGAUCCUGCUAGUCACCGCCAUUGUUGGCCAUGUUGCGUGGGCAAACCACAAGAAGAAGGAAACCGAGCGAAUGCGGCUGCUACAUGACGCCGCACCCAGUGAUGACGAAGACGAGGAUCCAUAUGUCCUGAAUGCGGGCGUCCUGGACCGACCAUACCGCAACUACUACCUCAAUCACGUUUUCGAUCGUGCUUUCAGCAAGCUGGGUUCUUUCUGUGCUCGCUUCCCAGCAUUGACUAUCGGCACCAAUAUACUUGUAAUUGGGCUUCUGAGUCUGGGCUGGCUACGUUUCGAGGUCGAGCGCGACCCAGUCCGUCUGUGGGUUAGCCCCGAUUCGGAUGCGGCGCAAGAGAAGGAGUUCUUCGAUGCCAAUUUCGGUCCCUUCUAUCGGACAGAACAGCUAUUUCUUGUCAAUGAUACAGAUGGUGGAGAGGUGCUCAGCCAGGCGAACCUUGAGUGGCUAUUCGGCUUUGAGGAAAGAAUAUCAAAGCUCAUGACCCCCGAGCACGGCUUGGCUUUGAAGGACGUCUGCUUUAACCCCACUGGAGAUGCCUGUGUCGUCCAAUCAGUCAGCGGUUAUUUCCAAAAUGGUCUGGACGACAACUGGAAAGAGACCAUUCAGCAAUGUGCCGAUUCGCCUGGUUCUCUUGAAUGUCUCCCUCCGUUCAUGGAUCCUCUCCUACCAGGCAGAAUUCUUGGUGGCUGGGACAGUAUCGAGAAUAUCACUCAUGCAAAGGCCUUGACGGUGACUUGGGUAGUCAACAACGCCGAGCCAGGUACCAAGGCCGAAUUGGCAGCUCAAGAAUGGGAAGAGUCGUUGAAGCACGAGCUGUUGAUCUAUAAGCAGGACGCCGCUGCCCACGGCUUACGCCUGUCCUUCAACACCGAGCGCAGUCUGGAAGAAGAGCUGAACAAGUCCACAAACACCGACGCCAAAAUCGUUGCCAUCAGCUACGUGGUGAUGUUCAUCUAUGCGUCUUUGGCGCUCGGCUCUGGUGCAAUUACACUUCGUAACCUGAUCAGCAACCCUUCCAACGCGCUAGUGCAGUCCAAGUUCACUCUCGGUGUUGUCGGCAUCGUCAUCGUUUUGAUGUCUGUGUCUGGCUCGGUCGGGUUGUUCUCAGCCGCGGGCAUUAAGGUGACUCUGAUCAUCGCCGAGGUCAUCCCCUUCCUUGUUCUUGCCGUUGGCGUUGACAAUAUCUUCUUGAUUGUCCACGAGUUUGAGCGAGUCAAUAUCAGUCACCCAGACGAAGAAAUCCAUGACCGGGUCGCCAAAGCACUGGGGAGAAUGGGUCCUAGCAUCUUACUCUCGGCCUCGACCGAGACCAUCGCUUUCGCAAUGGGUGCUUUUGUGGGCAUGCCUGCAGUGAAGAACUUUGCUGCCUACGCUGCUGGCGCCGUUUUCAUCAAUGCUCUCCUGCAAGUCACAAUGUUCAUCUCGAUCCUGGCCCUUAACCAGCGUCGUGUAGAAAGCUUGCGUGCGGAUUGCUUCCCGUGCAUUACGGUCAAGAGGGCAAACGCCGUUAAUAUGCCCGGCGGCUACCUGUUCGGCACCGAAGAGGAAGGCUCACUGCAACGGUUCAUCCGCCGCUGGUAUGCGGUCAAGCUGUUGGACAAUCGGGUCAAGACAGUCGUUGUUGCAGUCUUCGUUUCGAUGUUUGCCGCUGGGAUCGCACUCAUCCCAGAGGUUGCUCUUGGCCUCGAUCAGCGAAUUGCGAUUCCUUCCGAUUCUUACCUGAUCAACUAUUUCAACGACCUCUAUGAUUACUUUGGCCAGGGUCCGCCCGUCUACUUUGUUACACGAGAUCUCAACAUCACGGAGCGAGUCCACCAGCAGCAAGUUUGCAGUCAGUUUACUACCUGCCAGGACUUCUCUCUUGCUUUGAUCCUGGAACAGGAAUCCAAGCGCCCAGAUGUCUCGUACAUCAACUCCGCAACUGCAUCAUGGAUUGAUGAUUUCUUCUACUGGCUCAACCCGAACAACGAAAACUGUUGCACCAAGUCGGAUGGCAGUCCUUGUCUCGCAGACGGAGAAUGGGAUAUUACUCUCAAGGGUAUGCCGGAAGGGCACGAUUUUGUCGAAUAUGCUUCACGCUGGAUCAAGUUUCCUACCAACGAGGACUGUCCGCUUGGUGGUCAGGCUGCGUAUUCCAAUGCAGUCGUUAUCGACACCAAUCACACCAAUAUCCCGGCCUCCCACUUCCGCACCUUCCACACACCUCUCCAUUCGCAAGAGGAUCUUAUAAACUCGUAUGCCGCAGCUCGGCGCAUUGCGCGCGAGAUCUCGUCAGAGCAAGACAUCGACGUCUUCCCGUACAGCAAGCACUAUAUCUUCUUCGACCAAUACUCCUCCAUCGUGCGACUCACCGCCACGCUGCUUUGUGUUGCCGUUGCGAUCAUUUUCGUUCUCUCGUCGCUAUUGCUUGGCAGCCUGCUCACUGGCGGCGUUGUUGCGGUCACGGUUAUCAUGAUCCUUGUCGAUAUCAUUGGUGUCAUGGCCAUAGCGCAAGUAUCGCUGAAUGCGGUCAGCCUGGUCAACCUGGUCAUAUGUGUGGGUAUUGGCGUCGAGUUCUGUGCACAUAUCGCACGAGCUUUCAUGUUCCCCAGUAGGCCCAUCCUCGAGCGAGGCCGUGGCAAGUUCCGCGGCAAGGACCUCCGCGCGUGGGCUGCAUUGGUGAACGUGGGUGGCAGCGUCUUAAGCGGCAUUACCAUCACCAAGUUCCUGGGCGUCGCUGUCCUAGCAUUCACGAGAAGCAAGAUCUUCGAGGUGUACUACUUCAGGAUCUGGCUGGCGCUCGUGAUCUUGGCGAGCACCCACGCACUGAUUUGGCUGCCGGUGGCGCUGAGCUGGUGUGGUGGCAACGAAGGCUAUGUCGGGAGUGAAGGCGAGGGAGGGCUGCAGGAGGAUUUGGGGAGGAGAUCGAGGUACAGGGGCCUCUUGAGCGGAGAUGACGAAGAAGAUGACGAUGAGUAUUAG